UGAUUUUUGUUAUUAUUCCUUCAGUUAAUGGCGCAUGUAGUUGCUGUGGAAAAGAGAAACAUAACAUAAGAACAUGCCCUUUUAAAAACGGGGAUUGUCCACGAAAAAUAAAUUGGAAGAAUAAUAAAAAUAGUAACCUUGUCAUUUUACAAAGUGAUUGUUUUUUUAAAAUUGAAGCUGACAAAUUUGAUACAAAAGGAAGUAAAAUCGGUCCUUCUUGUCAUUGUGCUCGAGAGGGAGAUGAACAGUGUCAUGGGAUUGCAAAUAUGUUAGGUGGACCUGGAGAUUGUGAGAAUUGUUUUUCAUGUUCUCGUAAAAUGAACACUGAUAUGACAAAAAUGGAGCGUUUUGUUAAAAAAAGCAACGGCGGUACUUAUAUUGUUUCCUGUGAUAAUUAUUCGUAUGCUAAUAUUAUCAUACAAAAAUUCAAUCCAAAAGAAGGUAGCGGUAGUCCUACGUCAACGACUAUAUUGCGUAAUGGAUCACCUACCAAUUAUCACAACGAAUUUUAA